CGGUUUCAAGAGGAGGGGAAGGAAAAGACAAAAUCGUUCAGACGACACAAACGGGCAUACCUUUGUUUUUUUUGUCUGAUGAGAAUAACACACAGCCACUGCUUUUAGCGUUGAAGUAUCCAUCCUUAGUCCGUGUCGAAGAGUUUGACUCGAGGCUACAUAUCCUCGUCAGGCUACUUAAGCUUAACUUUUGCGGCUAAACUUUAUUUCCUUUCGUCAAGAUGAAUGGAUCCAGGAGUUUAUGUACUAUCAAGGAGAUUCGACCGGAUGAGAGAGCGGAGGGGCACAGAAGACUUCGGCUCACUCUGCAUGAUCAGGACCAGCGACAGCCAGCGACAGCCUCUGAUUACGGCAAAGAUAAGCCAAUCGGAAGAGCUUUUGCAUUGGUGCAGCCGACCAACGAGAGGCAGCCUUACAAGUUUGAGCCAACCAAACCAACUGAGGAGAAGGUUGAGGUCAUAAAGGUGUAUCUAGAGGCUCGUAAACAGGAGCAAACCAGACGGGAACAGAACUUAAAGAUGUUGUCGGACGAAGUUUCCCAGAUUCAGGAGGUCAGAUACUGCCUGAAGACCCUGCGGGAGCAAAUGGCAGCAAAAACCAACAACAACAAAACAGAGCUCAAGGUUCAGUUUCCUGCUAAUGGAUACGCUAACAGAUUCAGAGUAAAUGGUAUCCCAGUAAAGGAUACAGAGGACAAACAGGAACUAGAGGACGAGCAAGAGCGGGAGAAGAUGAGAGAGGCCAGCAAACGCCUGUAUGCUCAGCUACAGGAGGCUGAGAAGAAACACCAAGAGGAGAGAGAGAAAUUACAGGCGGAGGCCAGUCAGUACAGACAGCAGUUAUCCGAGCAGACGGACCGUCUGAAAGAGGUUCAGCAGAAAGCAGACCAACAGGAUCAGCAAAUCGAAGAGCUUCAGCGGCUGCUGGGCGGGAUGGAGCAGGAGAGCUCCCUCCUAAGGGAACAGCUCAUGACCAAAGAAGCCGAGCUGCUCCGGCUGACAGAGAGAAAAGAGGAGGGACAAGUAGAGAGGGAAAGGUUGGAAGAGUUGGAGAAGGAGAACGCCAUUCUGAAAGAAAAAAUUCACCAUUUGGAUGACAUGCUGAAGAGCCAACAAAGAAAACUGAGACAGAUGAUUGAACAGCUGCAGAACUCGAGGAUGGUGAUUCAGGAGAGGGAUCGAGUUAUCAGAGAGCUGGAGGAGAGGGUGUCCUUCCUGGAGGGAGAGAACAGAGAGUUGCGUGACCAGGUGGAUUACUUUAUGGAAAGCCAAGGGACAAACUCUUAUGUGCCGAUGGAGCGAAAUGCUCAGAUUGUGUACAGUAAGCCUCUCAGGCCAACCACACACACCAACAAGAGUCUCCCCUUCAUCAAAGUGGUGGAAAUCAAAUCCUGAACCUCACCACAAAUCUGAAGGCAAAGGCACAUCCUCACGCAAUCAGCUACCACACCGCAGGUCCACACGACAAACGACACAACAACCCCACAACACUCCAUGGCAACAGAGCGGGUUUGCUGGUAUUUUAACAAGCAAACUAUCCCAGCAACGAUGCCUCAUUCCUUUAACAUGAGACUGUACAGUGGGAAUCGUAAUGAAACGUGUGUGUGUGUGUGUGUGUGUGACAUUUAAACACAGUCAUGGAGUGAUGUAUAUAUAUAACAGAGGCUACAUACUGAAUAUAGUUACAUUUCAAAUAGAUGUUACAAAAUCAGGACGCGUCUUGAAAUGCCAAUUAUGACCCUUCAUGCUUGUACGGGAGUGAUUCAGAGAGGUCCAGCGAAGUCUUUGUUAGGCUAUUAAAAUCAAAUAUAUAAACAACAUGGUGAUUGUUCAUAUUCAGUUUCUAAGUGAGAAUAGAACAGAUGGAUGGGGGAUAGAGAGAUAAGAUAGAGAGAUGCAGGGAGUUGAAUAUCGAUAUCCUUAUGAGGCUGGUCCUCUGGAUAUCGUCUAAAAACGGGAUUGGAUUCCUUCCCUUUAAAGCUACAGCCAGAAGGACUGACAGUUAGACUGCGUCAGACAGACUUUACAAACAGACUGGCCUCACAGUCAGAUUCGCUCUUAAUCUCUCCAGCUCAGUAAAAUAACGCUAAUAGGGUAAGACGCUCUUGGAUGAAGAUUACCGAUUUCCUGUUGAUGACUUAAUCAGUAUAAAAUGAGGAUGUGGAUGAUUUGAAGGAAGUUGGAAUGCUAAAUUUCUUCCAAGUAACACUCAAGGCCGCUGAACAUUCCUCUGAUAAACAGUAGCGUUUGACCCCACAGACAUACCGUAAAGUUUUCCUUUUCUUUUUGGCCUUGACAUUCUAACAGACGGAGUUUUUCGCUAAAGCCGCUGAUUAUCGAACAGAAGUUGGCACUCGCUAACAGACGUAAAGGAGCUCACGUUCUCCAGACAACAGUAAAUCCAUUUAAUCAGGUCAUUUAGGGAACUGGGAAGAUCAAAAUGUACUUCAGGAAGCAGGAAGAGUAGUCUGGCGAGUGGGAAUUUGGUUGCAUUUUUCAUUUCGCCAUUGUAACAUGGAGUGCAUGUAUAGAGUUACAAAAAAGUCGUUUUCUCUUACUGAUAUUAGCAAGAAUACCGUUUAACAUGCAAUAAGACGCAUAGAGCUGACCCUAGGUUUCAAGACUGUCGUUAUCAGUUUGUCAGAACCUUGUAGCUAGAAGCAGUUAAAGGCUCAGAGGAUCAAACCCUCAUUCUUCCUCUUCACUUUAGACUGAGGGAACAGAAGGAAAUAAUGAGGAGAAGGAGUGAUGAUGAAGGCUAUUUAUAUAUUAACUAUUUAAUUUCAUGCAACAAUUAUAUAAAGCGUGCAUUUCAGCGCGGUUUUGUCCACUGUUAUCAACCUUGUACAUACUGUAUGAUUGUUUAUAUAUUCUUGCAUAUUAAAAAAAAAAAGCAACAAAACACUUUGUUUUUAUCUGCUGAUCUCUUCAGUGUGUAAAUAUUCUCUUGCGUAACUGCGUUACCUCUUUAGAGCUGAACUUGGCGCUUAUGCUAAGGUCUUUGUUUUGUGUUAUUGACAGAAGAGUUUUGUUUUUGUUUUUCUUUCUUUUCUUUUUUUUUUCUAUUUGUAGUGAAACCUUUUUGAGUGACACGAAUGCAUGCAAUGAUCGCGAUACAUAUUCUUGUAUGCUUCGGUUAUUUGAAUAAAGUUGGUAAGACCGGC